UCAGGGUUCAGAUGCCUGGGGAACGGUAAUCCCAGAGCAACCAAGCUGGGGACGGCCGGAUCUCCUCCCAUAUCCUUCUAUAUCACGGCCCAGCGAGCGGGGUGGGAGCUGGUUUCUUUUCUAGCUUGUCCAGGUUUGGUUCCAGCAGCCCAGCUGCUUCUCCGGGCCCUGGGUGUUUUCUUCUCCCUUAGCAACCGGGAGUCUGUGGACGCUACCAAGCAGCUACUGGGAGGCUGCAGGGAACCUGGGCAAGGAAGGGAGGAGCCCAGCCCAGGGGCUCCGAGUCCCACGCUGCAGCGCAAAGCCACCAUUAGCUGCGUCUGCACCUGCAGCGGGGUCCAAAAGGGAUUCAGCAAAAAUGAGCCAUUCUCACCCCGCUGGGGUUAGGUGAAGCUCAACAAUUGCUGGUUGGAGGAAUGAGACUGGCUGAUGGGCAUGUAGUCACAAAAGAAAGCCAUUUUAGGGCAGAUAUUCAGGACUUUCAGGAACCAGAGUCCUUUCUGAGAUUACUUGCCACCUAUAACAGCCUCACAGAUAAACACUUGGCUGGGUAUUUUAACAAUACUAGGAUCAGGCGGCACCUCCUAAGAUCGGGGCUGAUCACUAGAAGUGGGAGGAUACUUUCUGAAAAGGAAUACAAAGUAAACACCAUGAAGCAGGAUCACAAAAAAUACAUCCGGGAGUGCUUAGCCCAGGCCAUCUUCCACAAGGUCCUUGAUAUGGAGCGCGAUCACCAGCUGGAAAUAAAAAGGAAACUGGAUACCUUAGCUAGGAAAGAGCGAACUCAAAGGCUGAAGGGAGAGCACACAAGACGAUUUAUUGAAGAUAACAUGCCCAUUCUGACUCCCCAUCCUCCAGCUGGUCGAAAGACUAACCGUGGCUGUAGCAUUCUGGCUGAGGAAGGACGUUCUAGUCCAUUAACACUGACAGCUCCUCGACCAUACACUGCCCCAGGAAAUAUGCAGCCUCCAAUUCGAUUGCAGCCUCUUCUCAGUAAUCGCUCGACGAGAAAUGUUUCAAAGACAACUUCAGGGUCCAAACCCAGAACCUCAUUGCUGGAAAGUGAAGCUCCAUUUCCUAUUGGGGGCAAGAAAGCAAUGAUGAAAUUCAGGAACUACAUGGACAAUUCCCAGAGGCCGGAUACCUAUCAACUUCCAGACAUUAACAGUUACCUGACACCUAUCCCCCCGACACCCCAACCUCAAGCAGGGAAGAUCUCCAGGGAGAAUAGGUCCGAGCCUUGGAGGAGGAAGAGGCUGCGUCCCAUCACGGCUCCCAAUGGCUUAGAGCCCCUCUUCACCAGGGAUCCGGGAAGGAUUUAUAAAACAGCACCACAUAGCAAUGCAGUAAUCACAAUGGUCUAUUUCGGGAAGAAUGUGCACCUAUCUUACGAAGACACAGACUUUCGAGAUGAAAUCAAGAUUUACCAACAGCACUGUGGGGGAGAGAACCUGUGUGUCUACAAAGGCAAACUACUUGAGAAAGACACCUUUCAGUUUAUCUCCAAACGGCACCACGGCUUCCCCUUCAGCCUUACAUUCUUUUUGAAUGGGAUUCAAGUGAACAGGCUCAGCUCCUGCUGCGAGUUCAAGCACCGUAAGAGCUCGAGGCUCGGAGGCAAGAGAGGCUACUUUGGGAUUGUGAGUGUGGAGAAGGCGUCUCCUUGCUACAGGUGUAUUAUUGCCAUGGGCCUUGACAGAAAACCAUCUCCAACAAAACCUAGGAAGGAAAAGACUGCUGAACAGAAGGAGGAACCACUGAAGAGGAGUCAGGGGAAACUGAGGAAGGAGAGAGAGAAUACACCAUCGAGAAGGAGCAAGAUGGAGGGGAAAGAAACCUUGGUCUCAACCACUUUUUCAGCAGAGGAAAUAAAGUCAGGCAUCGGAGAAGUGAGAACAGCUAUGGAGGAAAUGGAAUGGAAGGGCGAGUCAGGACGAGAUGUUUGGGAAGAGGACCAGGAAAACGCUUUUAAAUACGACUACGAAGAAGAUUUCGAAGUAGAUGAGGAAAAACAAGAUGAGAGAGCCGAAGACGAGGGUCAGGCUGAAGAUCAGAUGAGUGUAACAUCCAAGUCACCCACCGAAGGAGAAAAAGAUAACUUAAGCCUUGAAAAGGAGGAGGCACCAGAUGUCCACAACAGGGACAAUUGUGAGGAUGAUGGGUGCUCGGACAGUGAAGAGGAGGAUAGACAAGAUACUAAGACCCUUUCAUCGAUCUCAUCUAGAAGUCACCUGUAUUCUAGUGACAGUGAAGACGAAUCUACGGAGCUGUGUGCAGAAGACCACUCUGGAAACAGUACAGGGGGAAGUUCCACAAAUUCCUCUUCUCAUGACCUACAGGAAAAUGAUGACCAAAGAAAAUUCCACUUUCCAGUCGAAGAGUCCUUGGAAGCUGAGAUUGAAGAGCAAGAAAUGACAAAAGUAGAUGUGGAUAGCGGCUCUCCAUUGACAGAGGUUAGAUAUACACAUGAUACUGAGGAAGAGCCAACAGAGGGAACCCAAGAGAUUAUAGAAGCCAAGACGUCUAGGCAGUCUGUUUCUCCAGAGGCAAAGGCUAAAAGUCACUUCCAGGUAGGAGGCACAACUGUGGUGGAGGACAGAAAAGCAGGCCUCCCUGGGCUGGAAGAAGAGGUUGGACAGGUAACAGGUGAAGCCCAAUCACCUGAACACUACCGCUCCCACACAGCAGCUGGACUCAGCACCACAGAGGAUGGGGUGACAUCCACGAGAAAGCUGGAGGUCAGCCUGGGCAGAGUGGUGGAGGAAAGAGCAGCCAUCAGCUCAGAUGAGCAACCAGAGCAAGCUGCACAGGAGGUGUGUACCCUGGAGAAGGAAACAGCCAUGGAGGAAGAUGAAUGUUUCCAGUCUGAGGAUGCUGACACCAAUGCAGGGCUGAGGGAGAAAGCAGGAAUGGAGGAAAAUGAAGCCCACCAUCCCCAGGAUGCUGACACCAAUGCAGGACUGAGGGAGAAAGCAGGAAUGGAGGAAAAUGAAGCCCACCAUCCCCAGGAUGCUGACACCAAUGCAGGACUGAGGGAGAAAGCAGGAAUGGAGGAAAAUGAAGCCCACCAUCCCCAGGAUGCUGACACCAAUGCAGGGCUGAGGGAGAAAGCAGGAAUGGAGGAAAAUGAAGCCCACCAUCCCCAGGAUGCUGACACCAAUGCAGGACUGAGGGAGAAAGCAGGAAUGGAGGAAAAUGAAGCCCACCAUCCCCAGGAUGCUGACACCAAUGCAGGGCGGAGGGAGAAAGCAGCGAUUGCAGAGAUCCCCUUAGGGAAGAAGAGCCCUACAGAAGAGCAGCCAGCAUUAUCAGAGCAGUCUAUAGAGAAAGGGGAGCGCCCCCUGAGCACAACUAGUGAGGCAGAGACAGACACAGAAGGAUCUAGAAGGUCUGGAGAGGAGCAGUUAAGCCCCACAGGAAAAAUAGCAGUGGGCAGCUUGGCAUUUCUAAAUGUGGAGCAAGCACUGGAGAGUCAGAGGACUGUGGACCCUGACAGGCAGCCGUUGCUGCAGACAGUGAUGGAGAAAGGAAGGGCAGUUUCUAGAAGGGAGCCAGUAUUGGAGAGGGCAGUGCUCACAGAGAGCUCAGAGUUCCACUCAGAGACUCCUGGGGAAUCAGCAGUUCUGAAAGAAUCAGGGACUCCUGAAGUGGAGGAGGCUGAGAGCGAGGUAGGCUCCCCAGGACCAGAUGGGAACCAAAGCAAAGAGGGAUUUCUCACAGAGCUAGAGGACAUGGAGCCUCUGGAGGACACAGCACUGGAGAGAGAGGAUGGUUUUGAAGAGGAAAUCCUUGGAGGGGAGAAAGCAGCUACUGAGGGGAAGGAAGUUCUCCAAGCACAAGCACUCCCCAGUUCCUCAGCAGGAGAAGAAGGGGCAAGCCCCAGAGAGGUUGUCCAGGGCAACCCUGAGGAACUCUGCAGGGCAGACGCACCAAGGGAGGGGGUUGUGGCUGACACAGAAUCUAUCCUGGAACAGGAUCCCACAGUAGUGCUCCCUGGGGAGUUCACUGUGGCUGGAGGCAGGAAGAAAGUUGAGAGGCCCCCAACACCCCCGAGAGAAACUGGAUCUGAAAGAGAAGAGGUGGCAGGGGUCAACGUGUUGAAGACAGAAGAGAAGUUAGAAGGGCAAAAAGUUAAAGGGGAAGAGGAGGGCACAGUGGAGGGAGUAAGCUCUGUGGAAGGCGCCCAUGCAUCCCCCAACAAGAUGGAGGUUGAUCCUGAGGAAAUAAAUCCCACAGGGGCGACCGAGUUGAGUGAGGACACAAGGCUUCUAGAAGAUUCACCCAAAGAAAGAACCAUCGCCUUGUUUGAAGCAAAACUUCCAUUUGGGAAGUUACUGGAAGAUAAGGAAGCCACAGCCACAGAGCACAAAAAAGGAGGAGAGCUGCCAGGCCAGGAGAGUGGGGCUCCAUUGCAGCAGGGGAGGUGGCCUGGCCAUGAUGGAAAGGGGUUGUUAGGAGCCCCUGGAUCUGAGCCAGUAGGCAAAGCUCGGGUGCCUGAGAGUGUUUUCACAGCCAGAGGUCAAGAGUGCACUGCCAAGGAGCUAGACAGCCUUGAGGGACCAGAGAGACUGGAUGUAGAAGGGCCUUUGCAAAUGCGAAGAAGGGACAUUGUGAUGAUAUGUGGGAAUCUUCCCGAGGAAAAGCUCACUGCAGCAGAGGUGUUCAGUGGAGAGGCUGAGGGUGAGAAGACACAGGAAGAGGGGGGUGAGGAUAGGAAGUACCCUCCAGGGACAGUGACUGACAGCCUGGCAGGGCAGGACUGGGCUGUGGGAGGAGGCACAGUCAACGAUGAGGAGGAUCCACAUGGAAGAGGAGUUGAAGAAACAGUUUCAGAACACAGGGAGGUGUUGGCAGAGUCAAUGUCAACUUCUGGGGACAGUGUGACCUCCUUUGCAGAUGUCCAGAAGGAAACUUGGAGCAGAGCAGGCGAGGCUCCAGGAGGAACAGCAGCUGAGGACAGCAUGACAGCCGAGGACAUGACAUCCCGGACAGAGAAGGUGGCCUUGGUAGAGGGAGGGGCACCUGCAGAGGCUGUGGAGACCACACAGGAACAGAACCCUCCUGAAGUGUAGGGCUCAGAGCCAGGGGAAGUGCAGACCUCUCAGCAUGCAGGCAUGGCUGUAGAGGAGACAGGGACUAGGAGGCAGGAUGAGGGACCCCAGUCAGGAGCAGCUGAAGAGUUCAGAAGACCAGUGCCUCAAGGAGAGACAGAGCUGAGCAGUUUCUAGAGGCAGCACUUCCCAGGAAGCUGGAUUUUUCUAGAACCCCAGAGAAAAUGCAAAGAGAAAGUUCCCUUGAACACAAUGGAGUAGGAGGUUCCAUGACAGCUGGUUAGCUUCCAUCUGCUGUGUCUGCAGGACACUAAAGACUUUGCAUGGGUUUCCUCUCUGUGGGGCAGGCUUCACUGGUGUCCAGUGUGUUCCUUACGUGUAGCCUUCAGUUUCAUUUUACUGAGCCCAAGCUAGCCUGAAGGGUCUGGUGGACAUGGGGGGAGGAGCUAGAGCACACAUAGGAGGCUGCUCAGCUCUCUGUGUCGCCAUUUAUUCAAAGAAUGAAAGGAUCUGUGUCUCACAAAGCUCAAAGACAAAAUACACAAUAUGCAGAGAAGUCAGACACUGAGGAGCUGGGGGAGGGGGAAAGAAUAUGACCAAAAUAUAUUGUAUAAUAAUUAAAAAUAUAUACAAAGAAGAAUGUGCUCCCAGCUACAAAGCCCAGAAAUAAAGGGUUAAACUCACUCUAGAACUCAUUCCACAUUAGCUUCCUUUCAUUCUUUGGUCAAAUCCAUCUCCUCCUCUCCCCUCCAACGUCUCCCCAUUCCUCACCACCACUUUUGGGUUUUGAAGGAUGAAACAAAGCUUGCCUGUGGUCAUUUGCUCUUGCAAUGUUUCUAUGCUUUUACCUCUGAUGUUUUACAAAGUUUAAUGAAUGUAUGUUUUCCAUGCAUAGAUUAUAAAUAUUUAAUAUACAAUGUUGAUUGUACGUAUAUGUAAUAUAAUGCUUAAAUACCUAAGUUUUGAAUAGUGGAAGUAAACAUCAAAAUAUAUUUAUUUUACAUAUUCUGUUGUUUCCAAGACACCAUCACGUCAUUAGUGCCUAAUUUCUGUUACUUUGAGUGGUUUUACCCAUAGUGCUGUCUUUUUCCCCAGCAUGUUAUGGAGAAAGACUGACACAGGUGCCUCACCUUAGGUCUCCUUGUAACCCACUAUUGGCCUCCGUUGGUCUUGAUCUGUAGGUGCUGGUCAGUAGGUUAGUAACCAUGGUGAAAUAGCUCAGGUAGAUUUGCUUUCACAGGAACUGUGGUCCCAAACAGAGAAUGAGGGGCGGUAUUGAAUAUUCUACACAGCUAUAUUUAAAUAAGUGAUGAUUUUCAAAUAUUUGGCUUUUACCAAAGAUUACCAGAAGGGGAUCCCUGAUGACUUGAAUUUGU